UGGAUAGCUGGCUUGAACCAAGCCAAAAGGCGGCAUCACCUUGAACCAAUGAAUUCUCAGAUUACUGGCAGUAAUUCGUUCAUUUCAAUGAAAGAGCAGGUAGCUAUAAGUUUCCCCACUCUACUCUAAUAGUCUUUUUUAGAUUCAAGCUUAUUUCCUUGAGGAUCGCAACCCGAAUCUUAGGAUAGUCUACUUUCUGUUCUGAUAGUAUAGGAAUAGCAGUCACAGAGGGAGGAUCACAAAUAAGUGUAUUCUUACUAGAUGAGACAUCUUCUCUAUUCUUACUAGAAGAGACAUCUUCAGAAGAUUUCUUCCAAAAAUGCAAAAGAAUUUCUCUGUCUUCUUUCCAAAAAAAGUGAGGGGGCCCACCACACCACUUCCCUCGACCCCUUACCACGGGAGUCACUAAAGAUGAGACUGACCAUGAUAAGGGUAUGGGGCAUUGAUUGGCUUGGAGGAUUAAGGGGAAUCGGGUAGUGGAGCCAACAUAUUAGGUCGGCCACUGAGAUUUUGCCCCUUUUUCUCCACCUGCGCUGGAGGGAUUGCAGCGGGAUUCAGAUGCCGCUCUUGACUGAGCCCGGGUUUAGGGGCUACCUGGGUUUGUGCCCAACCUGGCCAAGCGCAAUUCGAGAUCGGGAUAGAGGGUAAAAGCAAUCCAUCCUUAUAGCAAGUCCUAGAGUUAAGUAAAAAAGACUUCUCGGGAGUUUGGGAGUGUGACUAUAACCAGUACUCAUGUAUAAUAUAAUAUCCUCUUUCUAGUUAAAAUGAGUAUUACCUGCCUGCACAAUCAAUCUAUGGCGAUCUCGGUCUCACGCGCCAGUCCCUCUUGCUAAGCCUAAGUGUUAAGCAUAGCAUAUCUUAUAUUAACCUAUCUUAAAAGGACUUCCAGACAUUGAUUUUAGGAGAGUCAUUUUGUAGGGCCAUUCGCGAGCCAGUACCCUUAUUAGGAUAGGAAAGUAGGGACUUAUUCGAAGUUCAUAGAUAUAGUCUAUCAGGCUGGUCUCCGGGGUCGUUUCCCUAGCAGAGCAGGUUGGUUUCCGGUUCCCUACAAGCGUUCUAUAUAAGCGGUCCCUGCCAGUUACAUCAAGUUCCAUUCCAGCAAUCAAUUAGGCUAGUAUUGAUAGUUCAAGCUAAAAAUUCUGUCUUAAAAAAAAUAAUAGGUUAGCGGGACAAGGAAGAAAGUGCGAUUGUAUUAGUGUUCCGGGAAGAAAGGGAAUCCUGCGCUUCUCUAAGAAAAGAAAAAGAGAGAGUUUACACAAGUAAAGUACUAAACGAGAAAAAAAGCAUUUCUCGAGAAAAGGUCCCAUAGUCAUGAUUGGGUCGACCCAAUCAUGACUCAUCAUAUUUAUAUAUAUAGACUCCUCAUAUUUAUAUAUAUAAUAGAAAGAUGAAAGGUUUAUUUUUGUUCGGUCAGUCUGUUUCCUUUCCUCUCGAUUCACCUAAAACUUCUUUUGCCACUGACGUGAUACUGAUACAAUGAGCCAUCUCAUUCUACAUUGAGUUAGCAUCCUCACCUAACUUCCACUCCGUCUCAUUAAUUAUUUUCUCUUUAAACAUAACUUGCUUAUCCCCUUUCCAAUUCCACCACCUAAUCCUAGGCUCCCUUGCUCCUUCUCUUCCAUCUCUUAAUACUAAGAUAGAGUACUAAAAAUCUAUGUUGGGUUGCUACACUCUCUCCAGGUAUCACCCUUACAAUCCUUGAAAUACUUCUGAUCUGCUCGUCGCGUUAGGAAGAAGUAAAUCUGACUAACAUUAGAACCACUCCUAAGAGUUCCCAAGUGCGAGUCUCUAUUCCGUGUUGGCAAGUAUCAAAUCAUACGCCAUAGCAAAAAGAUACUUUUCCGCGUUAUCUCAAGAAAAAGGACGAAGAAUUAUAGAAUUGUCGUGUAUGUUACUUUGUGGGUGUGGCCAUUUUGAAUCCCAUUUCCUUUCCUAUGGUAGAGACAGUCGUUUUCCUCUUACGAAUUAAGUUAAAGACCGCUCCGCUCCCCUUCGGUCAAGAUCGAUACAAUACAGCCGAUCCGCUUUCUUCCGUCAGUAGUCGAUAUAUUUAUAUAAUUAGAUUAAUAGCAGUCCUAUAUCAGGUAUGACAAGGUUGGCAAACUGUUUUCCUAAAUUCGAAUUUAGUUCACAGCCCUUCUUCAUUAAAGUGGGCCGCAGUGGAAACGGCGAACAAUUGCUGUAAUAUAUAGUAUAGUAUAGAUACCGGAGAAACAUGCUGCUCUCCUCUUCUAUUCAAUUUUCUGUUUCUACAUAUCUUUCGAGAAGGGGGAGGUCAUUAGAGGCUCCUCUGGAGGCCAUGAAGGAUCCGUAAUUCAUUGCAAGGCAUUCUCCAAUCCCCAUAGGUGAUACAGGAGUUGAUUGAAAGGUAAGGUAGUGCAUGCCCAUCCUAGAUUUCCUAGUUCCGAUCCAGCUUCCUGCUUUCAGCAACCAGAACUGAAGCGGGGCCCAUUGAAGAACACUGUACCUUAGCCCGAGCAGCUGCUUUGUCCAAUUCUUCCUAAUCUGGGUAGGCCCAAUCUUCCUUAGCCGGAUUUAUCCUAUCUAUCUGAUCCGAGGGAUAUUCUUUUCUCUAACCCUAGAAACCCUGCUUGAAGUAUGUCCUUCGUCUUUCGACUCAGCCUCGCUAGUAAUCCGUUCUCUGUAAAAUGUAAUGAAAGUGGGUUCGCUUCUUUGCUUUUCUUUCGAUAUCUCAUCGAUCAGAGGGGUUUAUCCUAACUGGCUCCCUAACCGAAGGUUCUAAAUGUAUUUCCCUCCGAGGGCCUGGUCGAUUCAGCGUUGGAUCUUGAAAUGCAAUUCGCGAUUGAUAAGAAACAUGCCCUUCCCCUCUAAAUCGUUGUCAAGUACUGGAUUGCCAUCCUUCCUGGUUGUCCUUACUUACUAUAUGUGAUAUCUGGGAAUUCCUCCCAAGCUCUAUAACUAGAAUAUUCAUUUAUGGAGUUGCCUUUGCCAAGAAAGUUUCCUUUCUUCGAUGAACCCCGUUCGUGAUACGAUACCCUGCCUGGGCCUCACACUUCCUCGAAACCAACCCACAGAAAACCACUGGCCCUUCACUCCCUACUGUUCUUCCUUUAACCCGCAGUUCCUUCAACAAUGAAGGUUGGACUUACUGACUUGCCUCUCUGCUCAACCAACUCACCUGUUCGAGCCUGCUUUCGAAAGUGCAUCCUUUUCCUUGGGCGAGGGUGCUUCCCUUCAUCGAUAGACUUUCCUACGAGACACGAGCGAAUAUACGUACGCCAAUACCUACGAUUCCUAGCCAAUGGAAUGAAAUAGCAAUUGUUCGAAGAAUCCUCUCUGGCCACCUGAAUAAGUUGAUCAAACUCUUGGCAUACAGAUUUGAAUUCUAGUUGGUAUCGGCCUGUCAUACUCAUCCUCCCCUCGCCCAUGAAGUAUGAUAUCCGUUGUAGUGCUUCCAAUAGCAGAGCCGUGGAUCCGACAACCUUGUCUACUGUAAGGCUGGGGAUGUGAGUCUAUGCGUUCUCCACUCCAUUCUAUUGAUGCUUCUUAUUAGCUAGAUCGGGCCCAAUUGACAGACAGGUUCUGCCCUCCGAGCACUAAAUCCCUUCAUCUUGCACUGGAUAAGGGAAUCUAGUAUUGAGAAAGAAUGGUACUUCUUUUUUACGUCGUUUAUAGACGGAGGAAUGGAUACGAGUAGCAACAUCGGGAGAUGGAAGCUGACACAGGCAAGACAAAACAUGAGUCUUCAUAAGCUAGAGCUUCCGACCUUUACUAUUUACAUCAGCUCAACCUUCUUGCCCAUUUGCUUUAGCGGUUUGAUUGGCGGGUUUUCGGCCUUGCGUAGAUGGUUUGCUUGGGCUCUAGGGUCAUUCCCUUCUCAAGGCUGGCAAAGUAGGUUCUUUAUUACUCGAAAGCCGUUGCACUUUCGUUUCUUAAAAGUAAGGUAUUGGUAUACGGAUCAGUAGGAACUGUUUUGGAAGUCUACUCUAGUCUAGUACAGUGCUUUAAAGUAAAGGUAGCCAGUAGUGGUAGCCUGUAAUGGAUCGUUCAGGGAAGGGAAGAAGCGUGGCAUCAUUUAUCCUAGCUUUACAAGCUUGAUAAGUAUUGGUACAGGUAUUGUUAAUGGUUGGUUCCUUGAAGGGAAGUGCUAUCAUUAUAGCUAUCUUUUUACUAGUAAUGGAAAGGUACAGGAACCUUCCUUGAGAAGAAUGGGUUUUGGUGAAGGUGCGGGGCUGGUAUUGGUUUUUGUUGCUAGGUUUUGAAGAUGCCUUGCAGGGAAUUGGUACAGGUACAGCUUCCUUCGUAUCUGGUAUGGGUGAUUGGUAUAACCUAAUGAAAAGAGGAGUGGUUGCUACUACUUCCUUAAUAAAACCAGCUUCCUAAAUAAAACAAAUAACAACUUUAUUGUUCUUCUUCCUGCUUUCUUCUUCUUCUUCCUCUAGCUCCAAUAGCAACCUGCUUCGGAUCCAGCAUCUGCUUUCUUCCUAUUUCCUAAAUCUAACAAAAACAACUUCUUCUUCAUCCUCCUACUCCUAAAUAACAACCCUGCUUCAUACCUUCCUUUUGGCCUUGCAGAGAAGUGGUAUCACUGCCUGAAAGGAUAAGAGUGUGUCUAGUUUUACAGUGUAUAGCCUAGUGCUUGAGUAGAGAGGUUUCUUUCUGCCUUUUGUACAAGAGCAGUUAAUGUAGUUGUACUGGUGCGUUCGUUUAGGCCUUGCUUGAUGGGAUGCAGGUGAUGGUGAAGUGUUCCUUGCUUUAGAAGAGUCCUAUAUAUUUUAGCUGACAAGAGCAGUUAAGUUAAGUAAAGUUAUGGUAGUGGCAGGUAAGGAUCCUUCGUUUCUGGUUUAAGCCCGGAUAAGAAAACAAGGAAGUUGGUUGAAGACUCCCUCUCUCUCAUUCUUCCGGAAUGGAAAUGCCAUUCUCGAUAGCAAGGUAGGAGACAUAGCAGCCAUAAUCACUUUCAUCAGAAAAGAGGUUUGUUUUCUUGCUUGUCGCUACAGAUCGUUUUUCCGGGCUUCAUCAGGAAGAGCACUUGCCAUUCUAAGGUUCAAUGAAGCGGGUCGAAAUAUGGCUUGCUUACUUCUACUUCCUUCCGUUCGUGUAAGCACUCAUGCUUCCACUUCACUCUCCUCUCGAAAGCCAGGCCAGGUUCUAAGUCCGGUAGGUCACUAGCAGUUCGAGAAGAAGGGUUUUGUUUGAUUCACGAGUUCACUCAACAACCGGAUUUGCCCUCGAUACCCAAGAAGAAAAAGUGGAUUUCCCUUAGGGCCACAACUAAUUAGGCAACCCUAUUUUCCCUCAGGAGAUCAGGAGAGUCGAUGGUUGAUUCGAAAAGUCCCUCUCGCCUAGUGGCUAAACUAAAGAAUCCGAUGGCACGCUUGGGAUCUAACCAGCACCAGAGAUCUCUGUUUCAAUACGCCGAUCCGAUCCUUGAAAUACGCCGAUCUACCAAACAGCUUGCUUGCUUUUAGUUGACGGGCAAACCUGAGCACUAACUAGUCCUGUUCCACUUCUGAAUCUACGUCAAAUUUCCGGAAAGCUAAUCGAUUUUAAAAAAGUGCAUCUAAAGCACCCUUUACUAAAAUCAAUGUAGUUGCAUGCAAACCUUCUGCAAUAGCAUGAUGAACCAAGAAAUCUCCGGGUUAGCAUAUAUCAAUGAUGUUUUCCAAGGGCUCAAAACGCUAGGUUCGUUCUCUCGCUCCGGUAGACUGCUUCUUCUCUCAAUUGCCAAGAAUGGUGCUGGUAGAUAGCAUGGUUUUGGUAGAAACGAUAUCUCGUACCUGCUUUGCUAUAAGUGCCUUCCCUCCCUUUUGAUUAGGGAAAUGGGAUUCAAGAUUUCGAAUAGUUCGAUGCAGAUGGGCCAGUUCUUGUCCGAAGAAGGAUGUUUGCUUUGAGGUUUCCCCUAGUUGGGGAGACCGAGAAGGCCCUAACGACAUUGCAUCUCCUGUUCUCCUGUGUUAAGAAGAAAACUUGUCCGAAAAAGCGAGAUGAUAGGAAUAGAGAUUGGAAUGAAAGUUGGACUAGUAGAUCCUUGUUCUUGUUCAAUGAAUACUUCUUUCCCAGGUGCUGUCAGAAAAAGCAAACUGGUUGGAUCCCAGUACUUAGAAACCAUUUCUCCGAAGCAGGUGCCAAACCUUCUCUUCUUCCCUUAGAAAUUGGUCCAGAAUAGGCAUUCUUCGCUUAGGGCAGGUAGGUUCUCGGGAAAACGAACUAGACCGGUAAACUAUUGCAUCUUGGCCCGAGAAAAGAAAAGAUGGAUUGGAGUGAUUGAACUAGAACCCGGGUGAGCCCUCCUAUUGAUCAGAUCUCGGUAGUGAAAUGAUAGGAAAUAUGCCAAGAAUAAUUCCAUUUCAUCUCUUGUGUGAUCAAACGGGUUGCCCAAUGUACCAAAUGCUUUCUAUAAAGUGUGGAAAUAGUCAAUGUAGGAUGGGACUCUGACCUAAAACAUAUGUGCUGGGUGUAUCUUCCCGCCGACCAAAAACUUAUGCCCAGUGCCAGACCUGAAAAUAAAGGAAAUAUAGGAAUGUGGAAAUAGGAAUGUAAGAAAAGCCAUCAAGCUAGGAACACAGAAAGCUACCACUUCUUGUAAACAAACCUAUGCUAUGAAACAAUCAAAGUAGAUCGGAUCGUAUGAGGGAUGCCUACAGGGCAAGGAUAUCAUGAUUUGAACAAGCAGGGGAAAGUCAAGAAGCAAGGUCACUAAUCUAGAUCCGGCCUGGCCGAAGGAUAAGAAAUGGAUGGCUAUCGCUUUCCUUCUUAGGUGAGGGAUUCGAGAUGUAUGCGCCCGCAUAAAGAUCUGAGAAGCUAUGAAUCUGUCGUAUAUACUAUAAUAGACGAACAAACACAUAAAGAGAAACCGGAGACUAAUGACCUAGAUCAUCAAACCUUUCUGUCCACACUCGAUCCUUAGCAAUAAGCCUACAGCUAAGAAGAUGGAAUGGUACCAAGCUCACUUAUACGCACUCCUAAAUGAAACAAACUAGACUAUCACACUAAGUUACACCUGCCCUGAGCCAUAAAUCAAUAGAAGAGUUCGGUAUUAUUUCCAUCUUUUCCAUUAGUUUCUAUGAAAUCCUGAUAUUCGUUUUUCUAUUCCACUGCGCAUAGCCCGGUUCUUUCCGCUAGCACUGGCAAUAGACCCUUAACCGGCACUGGCACUGAGUGCAUUACUUACUGAAUUACUUACUUUACUGCACUGCAUUUCCAGCUGGCCUUCCCGAGUACGAGUAUGGGUUCGUUGGAUCAUUCUAUUCUAUGUCAAUUGGAAGUUGCAUUUCAGACUCUGGAAGCCCCGUUCCUUCUCCUUUUAAGGUAAGGUAAGGUCGGCAUAAAUCCAUCAGUGGUAGGAAUCAACGAUCCAUUUCGUAAGAGAAGAAUUGGGGAAAGCACGCAGUUGGCAGUUGACAUCUUCAAUACAGAACUCUUUCUUCGCUUUCUUUUCAGGAAACUCGAAAUCUCGAACUAGAAAUCUCGUAAGAGAGGAUCAAGCUCUAGUCUCACAAUUGAGAAGUACGGCACCUUUUUGCCCAAUAAGCUAGUCUACCUUUACUGCGGCACCUCGAAGGAAUGAAUAGCCCGGCCCCUUCUCUCAGGAAUCCGUUGAUAAGGCAGUGUAGGAGUGCAAAUCCUUCUAGAGACUUUCCAGUCCAGAUUCGACGCGACGCUUAGCUUAUUAUUCUUCUGAAGAUGCAAUUCUGGAUCUCUGUACAAGCUUUCAAGAUUGGCUGGGCGUGAAGCAUCUCUAUUUCUUGUGAUUUCCUUGUCAGUUUCUCUAGCAGCCCUACCUCAAAUCCUCUUCUGUGGAAAACUAGUUCGUUCAUCUGAUGGCACCCAAUGAGUAACUACUAAUGUUAUGAAUAAAAGGCCAGUCGCAGAUUGAUCCGAUACGCCAGACCUGCUUCCGUUGUUUGACUUCCUGACUUCCUAUAGUGUAGCUUUCCCUGAGCGAGAAUACGACCCAGAAGUACCCGCCACUCUAUCUCUGAAGUGAGUUCUGUCGACACCUCACAAAGAAAGAAAAGGAGGGCUAGGCCCGAAUAGGUCUUUGAAUCCUGGCCAGAAUUGAGGGGAGCUUCGCUCUCCAUUGAGUAAGGAAAUCCAGCCUCGGGAAUGAAAGUAAUUAACUGAAAUAUCCAAUAACAUAUAAAAUAGAAAUGUUAAAGCAUAACGAAAGAGUAAGACCUCGGUCGUGCAAAUCAUGCCGAGGAGGCUUCCUUUCAACAAAAUGCAAGGAUUCUCCGGGGGAUAGCCGCUAUUAAAGAAAGCCCUGGGCUGUGGACUCAGUAUGGAAUGGAGAUAAUGUGGUAUGCUUUCCACUGUUGGCAGUUCUAGAUAAGAAAAGGUUGAGUUCGGCUGGCUCGGCUCGCUAGGAGGAUGAAGCUUCUACUCUUUGAGUGAAGUAAGUUGGAAUCUUUCAUCGUUCUUUUCCUUCUAAUGUCGGACUGAUGAAAGUCGUUUUUAUGAAGAAGCGUUGAAAUAAGAAAAAAAUGGUGGUCAAAUAGAAAAAAGAAAAAAAGAUUGAGGGCUUUUGCUGCCUAUAGGGCAGGUACUCAUUGUUUUACUUCGCUCUUCUUUUCUCGCCAAAAAGUAGAGCAAGGAAAGAAAAUGAACACGCAAGGAAAGAGGUUGGUUAUUCGAUCACUGUUCUCGGAGUCGUACACACUCCACUUAUGAGUUGAACAAAGAAAGUAAUGCUCGAAAAAAGAGAGUAAUGCAAAGUGGACAGAUCAAGUCAAACACGAGUCAAUUCCCUAAAAAAGUCUCCCAACCUGACUGGAAAAGUGGGAACCGACUUCAUCAAAAACCAUCAAGUCAAGCCCAUAUGCAUUUAAUAAUAAGGGAUGUUUCGCUAAGGAUCCAAAAAGGUUUCUUAUAAUCUGUCUAAAUAAAAUCCAACCGUCCUUUCUUUAGGAGAAUAUCGCCUAUUUCUCACUUUUGAUACCAGUUGAGUACGGCACGGCACGGCACUAUCAUGAAUCAAUGGAAAGCUUUUUUUCUGACUAGAAUUGACACGCUACUGCUAGUUGUAACGUAAACAGUGGACUCACUCACUCAAUCUGCCGUGCCAGGUAUGAAAAGAGAAGCUAGUCCGGAAGCAAGGUCAAUCAAGUGCGCCACGUCUGUCCCAGGCAAAACCACUGACUGCUAUGGCAACCUCUCUUUUGAUUCUCCUCAUUAGAUUCUACUAAUCUCAUUGGGAGCUGAUCUGAAAACUUCUAUCCUAUCUCGCUAUGGGCCAAAAGUGCAUCUCACCUAGUGGAAAAAGUUGCACUAUUUCUUGGCACAACGAUGGAUUCCAGGCAUGGCUGGCUGAAGAACGGAAAAUGCUUUGAUUAUGCAUUUCUCGAAUCUAGUCCAACACAACUGAAUUUCGCCCCUCCUUCCUACUUUACUUUCCACCGGACUCAUUCCAAGAGUCAAGAGUGAAUGGGAUUCUAUUAGGCAACGAAAUCAAGUGCUAGUCCCCUUCUCGGGAAAGCCAAUUUCCUAUUCCAAGAGUCUAGUGGUAAGUUCUAAGCUGGAAUGGGUCCGAUCCUUGCUAAUGAAUGAACUCCGUCACUACUCCUUUCCUUGGGCCAAAACCACGGAAUAUUUUCAGGAAACUAGACUCGAACUGAACCAUAGCCCGGCACCCUCGAAACGAUGGAUUGCUUUUGAGAAAACCGCAUCUCACUCAAAAGUAGCCUACCCCAUUUUCCCGAGGGAAUACGCAAAUCCGGAGUGGGAGAAGGCUAAACCCAUUUCUGUUCUGAUCCGCCAGAUCAUGUCAUGUCUUGUGUCAAAUAGAUAUUGUCGUAUGGUAUGGAGUGAGAAUCGAGAUGACUAUGGCCAGUAGAAAGAAAGAGAGAAAGAGGUAACGGCAUCUGAUUACCGCUUUUAGCAUGGAAUUUGGUACCGGAUCGUUUCGAAAACGAGUCCCUAAAGUCUGUUUUCAUUUCAAUGGCAGGCUCAAGGAGUGGAAAGUGAGUCCAUUCCUUGGUAAAAAAAAUGAAGUAAUGCUGCUUCCUUCUUAGACUUAGAGAAGGGCCCCUAUUUUUUAUUUUAGUCUAAGUAGCCUAUAGUGGUUGUUUCCACUUAAAUAAAGGGCGGGUAGGCUAGGGAGGGAAUGUUUACUUUUCUUAUUUGCGGGGAAAAGAGUUGAUGCCGCUAGCAGCUCAGCUUAGGCCGUACCUACAUGGGCUCCAGAUCCUCCCUGUCUUCCUGCAGAUUCUGAUUCCAGCUUGCCUUGAAUCCCAAACAUAACGACUACUUGAUUCGCGCCGGGCGAUUCCAGUUCCAGAGUGAUUUAGCCCGCGCCUGGGACAAGUGGUUUAGUGGACUCUUGAGAAGUAGCUUUUCGGAUCUCUGGGUACGUGUUCCACCUUUGUUUGGGCGUUGCAGAAAGAUAACCUGCUGCCAGAAGAAAUAAUGCAGAAUUGAGUGAAUAAUGCCUUUAAACCGGUACCGGUAAAGUACUCUCGCGCUUAUCUAUUUAUAGGCCCAACCUAUGAAACAAGGUUCUCUACCUGUGUAGAUACGGCAAACAAACUCUACCAAUACCAAUCCACCGGAAGAAGCCUGAACAAUCACCCAGCAAGAGCUUUAUAGGAUGUUUCCUUUCUUAGUCUUAGUCGAGGUUCUUACAACGUGGCUUGAUGCAGUGUAGAUGUUUUGGUAGUCCAGUUCAGAGAUAUGACAGGAAAAACUCCACACUAGAGACAAGAACAUAGAAGAGAAUAAAGGCAAGGGUGUGCUUCUUCUUUCUGGAGAGACUGACAAUAAGAGUAGAUUAGAUCGUGUGCUUCUCGGUGCGCCGACUACUUCACUGUUACCUACCUAUCAUUCACUAGACCGAGUAUGAGUACGGACUGACAUUCACUAGACCAAGUCAGAGUAGGGGGUUCCAUUCUUCACUACACCCAAUCUGUACCGACUCCCAUUAAUUACAGGUUACGAGUGUGGAAAGACUUCUUACUUUAUUCCAUUCACUACUGGUUAAGUAAGCAUGAACGUAGAUAAGAGAGGAGUCAAUGGAACUCUUGGCUUGUGAACAAGUGACUUCUUUCUUUUCAUAGACUACACUACAGACUAUCAAGCACUAGAAAACAACAGGCCCAGUUACGUACGAGUCAGGCAAUUGUCUACCCUCACGAAGCAAUGAGAAAAGGUAGGUGCUGAUGUGCUAGUAUAGAACAUAAGUAAGAAAGCAUCUAUUUCCCUAUAAUCACCGACGUUGGUAUUUGCCUACACCCCAUUCUAUGAAAAACUCCGCAACUCCAAAUAUUCGAUAUAAUAGGAAGGCCAUUCACUUUAAGAGGAAAUGGAGCUGCAUAGCGUUGCCUUCAGACUGGUAUUAGCAAAUGCUUUGUUGAUCUGAACCGAACAAAGACACAUCUUUGGUGCAGUUUUCCUAAAGGCGGCUCACAGGGAAGAGAUCCGUUUUGUCAAUCAGCAAAACCAGUUUUCGUAGUGAUGAAAGAAAUUUCCCUCGAUCAUGUGUUCUCGGCCCUGUGACUGGUAAGUCAGUUCAGGCAAGAGAUGAUGGCGGGUCGAUCACGAUUUAGUCUUAUUGAUAAUUGAGUAUACGUCCGCCUAAGGUAAGGUCUGGUUAGAAAUCCUUAGGAACAAGAAAGGGCACACAAUCAAAGCCAGAGGUCUUCGAACCUUGGUAUUUCGAAUCAGAUUGAUAGCUUUUUGAAUGGCAGCGGUUCCGGGACUCUAGUCUUUCGUUUACAGGUUCUACAUUAGGUUCACGAAACCUAUCUACACAGCAAGCUUCUUCAACAGGUCAUUGGACAUCACCCUCACUUCUUCUAGCAGGAAAGCGCGUUAAGAGGUAAGAUCGUACCUCAAGUCAAAGGGCCUCGUUAUAGUUGGAGGCAACACACGCUGAACAAACCUCAACUUGCCUAUUUUGUGUAACUGGUUGAAACUACGAAUUUCCAGUUCAUCUUACGAUGGUAUACGGUGACGGGCCAACCUUCUAUACUAGUGCAUUCAUAGGAGGACGAAGCAGGAAUUAGGAAGCCCUACACUUCAACCGGAGCGAACUUCACACUCGAACUUAGAUAUAGCAAAUAGAUCAAAUAGGCUCAGAGAGAUACGGGGCAUAAUCAAAGAAAAAGAACCGUUGGAGUGGCAAUACAGCUAGAUAGAUAGAUAGAAAGUCUGAUUCUAAACUCAGUCUGAUCUGUCACACCCAGCCAUAAACAACCAUUCCAGAUUCCCAAGAUGAAGUGGAAAGAAAGAGGAUGCAUUCAGGAUCUCAUACUUCGAGAGCUCAACAGCUGUUAGGAACGUCGAGUCCCGCUAAGAACUGCUAACGUCGAGGGCUUUGAUUCUUUUAUUUCCUACCCAACAUAGGCAACACUAGACUGAUCAGACUCAAAAGACUACGCCUUGUCUUUUUGUCCUAAACUCAGCCGACUCUCCAUAUUCAACUGUUUAUGCCCCCCAUAGUAAAAACCACUCACACCAGUUUUGCCUAGUAGAGUGUACGAUCAAAGUGAACUUUUUAUGCCAGCCAUAGUCAAAAGUCCUACUUUCCUUCGCACAUCCGUUUGAUUGCUUAAUCUGUUUUGUUACCCUUGCUAUCCUUGCCUCCUAUGGAUAAAAGGAAGAAGAAACCUAGUUGAAGUAAGGAAAACAGGUUCAUAAGGUUUUCGAGUCGAAUCUUUGAUAUGGAAAAGUCGUAUCACCGCUCCGCAACCUGAACCACGGCACUUCCAAUCCUCUUUAUAUCACGAUUCAUUAUGCAAAUAAAGCUUUUCCUUGCCACUUGGAUUCUGGCACUUUGAAAGAAAUACGAACACUUCCACUACUGCUCUGGAAAGAAGAAAUCCGUCUUGUUGCGAGGAAUUCUUUGCAAUGGGGAAGGCUAACACUUCUUGCUUACUCACUCACGUUAUUCACUCAGAAAAAGUAAAGUAGUAGCACCACAAAUAAACUCAUCUAUCCCAGGUAGCCCCUAAACCUGAUAUGAUACGAUGGGGAACUGGGAAAUUACAGAGAGUGGUGGGUCCCGCCGCGCAACGGAUGAAUCAAAGCGAGAUCAGAUUCCUCUUGAUGAGGGCCGAUGUGACUUCCUUAAAUUCUUUCCUGAGCUCAACAAAAAAUGGAGGGGUUGGGGCUUUGGCUCCAGGCCCAAACUCUAUCUUGUGGUAGACUGCCCUCCUAGGGAGCGCUUGGGCAACUAACUUGUGGGGCAUGACAUUCGGAAUUUCCCGAGAAAAAAAGUCUUAUGUGUAUUGGAUCCGUCUGCUGGUUUCAGGGAUGGGAGUCCACCACUCUUGUCCAGUAAUGGUAGGGAUUCGCAGAAGAACCUCUGGAUCGAAGCAAUGCGGGCCUGUCUGUCUGUAUGUAAUCUACUUCUGAAUGAGGGAAUCCACUUUUGCUACUAGGGAAUCAGACUAAUAGCCUGCGCCUGUUGGCAGUAGUACUUGAACUAUACUUGACUCGGCAAAUAAUAUUGCUAUAUCGAGGGACUCAAUCCAGAGGACAUUUCCAAUAAGCUACUCUGGACUGGCAGCUUUCAGAGAUUGAUCUACGUAUUCCUAUUCGACUUGUGGUUCCCGAAUCAAUAGCGGACUUCCGUCAAUCCAUCAAGCAAACAACGUUCACUGAUACGAGACGGCACCAUUUACUAGAUUUGCACCACGCCCUAUUCAUGAUCUCUUCCCUGGUCAGUAGUAGGGUUGCCGGUGCCCAGGAAUAAUGCUUGUUAUUAUUAAGCCGAAAAGUAACGUAUUAAAAACAAAGUGAACAAAGUGUACCGUGCCAACGGAGACUGACCGAACUUCUACGCUAUGCCCCGACCCUGCUGAUAGAUAAACUAUUCAUCUGGUUGAGCCAGGCUGGCCCUAUUUAUUCCAAUGGAGACUAGACUAGCGUUAGCUGAAAGAUAGGAUUUCAAAGAUAGGUGUUCCCCAUGAUAGCAGUACCUUUCUCCCUUUCGUGGUGGAAUGGACCGCGAGUAAACUGAGCCUUCCGUACACAGUGAGACGGCCUUUUCGAGACAAGUCAGAAAGCUCUUAAGUCCAGUAAGCUAAGCAAAGCUUUCCGUUGGACUAGCAAUAUCGGAUGAAGGAAGCAGCGGUGAACGGAGUCAAGCUAUUGGCUGGUUCUAGCCCACACGAGAUGUAGGUCCUGAUUCCCUGAACCGGAAGAUAAUGAGCAUCGCGGUAAGAGAGAGUCUACUCGACUUGAGAAUCGUUGAUAGACAAAUCAUGCCCGGCAAAGGAAUAGGACUAGUGGAAGUACCCGAUCUCAUAGUGGACUCGCAAUCACCUCCUAAUGGUAUUAUCACCAGGGCUGCACUGCAAGAGAAUUCAUUCCAUUGAGCUGAUGGGAGGAACUCCUGUUGGUUGUUUCGAAGUCAAGGAUGCGGCCAGGGUUGUUAGAAAAUAAAUAGGCAAAGAAGUAGAGCCGUCUUUUGCAUGGAAUAGGCGAAAACCCUUGUUCCUUCUUCUAGCUCGGGAAGCAGUUUAUUAGCGAGGAAAGACAAGCCUUCUGCUUCUGUUGAUGCUGAGGAUGUAGCCUAGCCGUUGUUGCAGGAUUGGCAGGGAUAGAGGAAACUGGGAAUAGCGAUUCUUCCUCCAGAUAGGAUUUCAUGAUUGAAAGCUGUAGCUCAUGAUUGAUUUGAAAUACGCAUCCCUCCCGUAUUGGUGGAAGUAGAUCUUAUAUCCCACCAAAGCAUCGGCUAGUUGCAAGAGAUAUUGUUCGUAAUGCGCCGCUUGAAUGUUCUUCUCCCAUAUGUUGAUCAAGUCUUGAACAGAGAAAUAAUCCAUAAUCUUUUUGUUCUUCAACCAGAGCCUUCUGAGUCUAUCUUCCCCUUCCUUCCUAUUAAUAGAAGACAGAAUGCUAGGCAUGACCAGUCCUAUAUUCACUAAAUCAUCCCAAUGAUCCCUAAGAAUACUGAAAAACUUAGCAUUUAUUUUAUUUUGUACGCUCUGCAGCUUGUUCAGACUAGAGAGUACUACUUCAGUCUCACUAUCAUUUACCAUGUAGAUAUGAAAAUUACCCUCGUCCUUUUUACUCGAUAGCAGUGUGGUCUUCCUAGAA